UCAAACAAUGACACAGUCUUUGACAACACCAGAGAAGUUGUUAGUUGCUGCAAUAGAUUUUGGAACAACUUUUUCCGGAUACGCUUUCGCUUUCCGAAAUGACUAUGUCAAAGAUCCCCUCAAAAUCCACGGUAACCAAUGGACAAUUGGUUCUCAAGCCGGGGUGUCCCUCAAAACCUCGACCUGUGCGCUGUUUAACCCACAGGGUGAGUUCGAUUCGUUCGGGACACAGGCUGAGGAUAAAUACAGUGACCUUGCUCUUGAGGAACAGCAUCACGACUGGUACUACUUCCGACGCUUCAAAAUGAUCCUCUACAAUAACCAGACCGUGGCUCGGGACCUUGAGAUGGAAGAUGAUAAAGGCAACAGACUUCCAGCCAUGAAAGUAUUUUCAGCCUGUAUAAAGUAUCUCCGCCAACACAUGAUGGAGGCCUGCAGCUCUAGACGAGUGGAUAUUGAAGAAGACGAAAUGCAGUGGGUGCUGACAGUGCCUGCUAUCUGGACGGAUAGUGCCAAACAGUUCAUGAGAGAGGCUGCUAUGAGGGCCGGUAUUCGGAGUGAUUUGCUAGUCAUCGCAUUGGAACCAGAGGCGGCAUCUAUUUAUUGCAAGCACCUGCCAGUUAAUAAGAUAGAAGGCAAUAACAAAAAGAGUUUGGACUCUUUUUCUCCUGGAACGAAAUACCUUGUUUUAGAUGCUGGUGGUGGUACUAUCGACAUAACCGUACAAGAAGUUCAACCUGGUGGUCUUCUACGGGAGGUUUACAAAGCCAACGGCGGGGAUUGGGGUGGAACAAAGGUGGACGAGGCUUUUAUGGAGUUUCUCGGAGACAUCGUUGGAGAGGGUGUUAUGAACCGCUUUAAGACAGAACACCGGUGUGAUUAUGUUGAACUCUGUCGUGACUUUGAGAUCAAGAAAAGAACAAUCACACCAGAGAUGGACCAGAAAAUCACAUUCAAAAUCCCAAUAGCUAUCAAUGAGCUUUACCAAGAGAUGAAAGGAAGAUCUUUACGGGACUCUUCUACCAUGGGAAACAAGUACGGAAGCCGCAUUGCCUGGAUAGGGGACAAACUAAGAGUAGACUCAGAGAUAGCUAAAGGUUUAUUUAAGGUGACAUGUGCCUCGAUUGUGGAACAUGUUUACAUGAUUUUCCAGCAAGAAGAGGUUGAUAAUACGGAGACAAUUCUGAUGGUAGGUGGAUUUUCGGAGUCUCCUAUGCUGAGAGCAGCAGUGAAAGAAAGAUUUCCCGACAAGAGAGUCAUCAUUCCACAAGAGUCUGGAUUAUCCGUUCUUAAAGGAGCAGUACUUUUUGGCUUCAACACCACAGUUAUUGCGUCUAGAAUCUGCAAGUAUACGUACGGCAUACGCGUCCGUGAUGAUUUUCGUAGAGGUAUCGACCCCGAAGAAAAGAAAGUAAUAGUUGAAGGAAGGGCACUUUGCGAGAAAAGAUUUAGCAAGCAUGCAGAGGCAGGACAAUCAGUGGAUGUUGAUGAAGCCACUGAGGAACUCACUUAUCGACCGUCAGAGCCCGACCAAACCAAAGUUCUUCUUUCAGUUUUUGUCACAGAAUGUCUGAAUCCGGAGUAUACAGACGAGGACGGUUGUAGUUGUUUGGGAAGCCUCUCUGUGGACAUACCCGACACAACUGGAGGAUUAAAACGCACCAUUGGCGUCCAGCUGAUUUUUGGAGGAACAGAAUUGUCGGUUAAAGCACGCAUUCUGAAAACUGGUGAAAUAACAAGUGCUACGUUGGACUUUCUCAACCAUGAAAUGUAACACUUAAGUAAAACAUUGGACGCAUACCAAGUAUAAGAAGACAAAAAUCAUAUUGUUAAAAAUGUAUGUUUGUUCAUUUCUGAUUUAUGUAAAUGUGAUAGAAUAUUGAUGUGUUGUUAUACCGGUACAAAUAAUUGUAACAUAUAAAAAUUAAUGCAUGUUCAUUUCUGAUUUAAACAUUCUGAUAAUUGUAAUAUGACAGCUAGGACUUACACAUAAAGAUAUACAGAUAUAGGAAAUAGAAAGGGCUUUGGUGAAUAAUG